AAUGUGAAAUGGCUUUGAAGUGUAAUUCAAAACUCAUUAUAGAUCAGAAAAGUGAUACUGAAGAAAUGUUUUGUGUCGGUAAGCAAGUUUGGAAGGCCUUGAAUAAGAACUCUAAGCUCAUUACUCAUCAGGAAAUUCACAUUAGAAAGCAACUUGAUAAAGAUAAUGAAUGUGAAGCAACCUCAAUGAACCAUUCGUUUCUUCCUUACCAUCACAGAUUUGACCUUAGAAUGAAGAAGUAUGCAUUUCAUGAGUAUGAGAAGGCCACUGAUCAAAAUUCAGAUUUUGAUAUAAAUCAGAAGAUUGAUACUGGAGGAUUUUAUAAAUGUCAUGAAUGUGGAAAGGAUUUCUCUUAUAAAUCACUCCUUUUUAGCCAUCAGAGAAUUCACACUGGGAAAAAACUUUUUGAAUGUAAUCAAUGUGGAAAGGCUUUUACAAAGAGCUCCAAUCUUGCUAGACAUCGGAGAAUCCACACUGGAGAGAAACCUUUUGCUUGUAAUGCAUGUGGAAAGGCUUUCACAUAUAGGGCCAGUCUUACUGAACAUCAGAGAAUCCACACUGGAGAGAUACUUUUUGACUGUAAUCAAGAUGGAAAGGUUUUCACAAAGAACUCCAAUCUUGCUCAACAUCAGAGAAUCCACAGUGGAGAGAAACGUUUUGUUUGUAAGCAAUGUGGAAAGGCUUUCACACACAGGGCCAGUCUUACUGAACAUCAGAGAAUCCACACUGGAGAGAAACCUUUUGCUUGUAAUGCAUGUGGAAAGACUUUCACAAAGAGGUCAAGUUUUGCUGCACAUCAAAGAAUCCACACUGGAGAAAAACCUUUUGGUUGUAAUCAAUGUGGAAAGGCUUUCAGAUAUAGCUCCAAUCUUGCUGAACAUCAGAGAAUCCACACUGGAGAGAAACCUUUUGAUUGCAAUCACUGUGGAAAGGUUUUCACAAGGAACUCCUAUCUUACUGAACAUCUGAGAAUCCACACUGGAGAGAAACCUUUUGAUUGUAAUAAAUGUGGAAAAGCUUUCACAAUGAGGUCAAGUCUUGCUGCACAUAAGAGAAUUCACACUGGAGAGAAACCUUUUGGUUGUAAUCAAUGUGGAAAGGUUUUCACAAGGAGCUCCAAUCUUGCUCAACAUCAGAGAAUUCACACUGGAGAAAAACCUUUUGAAUGCAAACAAUGUGGAAAGACUUUCACACAGAGGUGUCAUCUUGUUAAACAUCAAAUAAUCCAUACUGAAGAGAAACCUUAUAAAUGUAAUCAAUGUGGAAAGACUUUCACAAAGAGCUCUAGUUUAGCUCUACAUCAAAGAAUCCACAAUGGACAGCAAAAUUUUGAUUGUAAUCAAUCUGGAAAGGCUUCCACAAGGAGGUGCCAUCUUGUUCAUCAUUAGAGAAUCUACAAAAAUGACAAUUUUUGCCUAAACUGAUUUCUAUAUUCAAUGUCUUCUCAAAUGACCAAAAGUUUAUUUUAAUUUAUUAGAAAAAAAAAUAGCAAUUCAUUUGAAAAAACAAAAAGCCAAGACUAUCAAAGAAACUAAUUAAAAACGAUAAUAUGAAGGAAAUUUAGCAGUACCAGAUCUUAAAUUCUACUAUAAAGCAGUAGUUACUUAAAACUGUGUGGUAUUGGAUAAGAAACAGAAAGGUAAAUAAUUGGAAUAGAGUAGAAAUCCAGGUAACAGCACCAAAUCACUAGAGUAAACUGAUGUCUUACAAGUGUAAAGACCUGAGUUUGUCAGAUAAGAAUUCAUUAUUUAGUUAAAAAAUAUUGUUGGGAAAACUGGAAAACUAUCUGGCAGAAAUUGACCAAAGGCCAAUAUUGUAGACCAUUCUCCAAUAUAAGGUCAAAAUCGAUAUGUCAUCGAGAUCUAAAGAGAGAUGUUACCAAAAAAAAUUUUUUAACAUGGAUCAUUAUCUCAGACUUAUGGAUAAGUGAAGAAUUUGUGAAUAAACAAGAGUGUGGGAUAUAAAAUGGGUAAUUUCACUUAUGUUAAAUUAAAAAGAUUUUCUACAAAUAAAGAAAUUUAACCAGGAUCAGAGGGAUAACAGAAAACUGGGGGAGAAAAUUUUAUAGACAGUUUUUCAGAUAUAGAUCUCAUAUCUUAAAUACAUAAAGAACUUUGUCUUUCUUUUUCUAUUUUGG